AUGCAAGUUACUAAGCCGGAAGUUGCAGUAUCGAGGCGUACGGGAUCGACGUGCGAAGGGAAAAUGCGGCUGCGGCACACUGAGGAAUGGGCACGGCUCUCCGCUGGGGCCCGUAGUCUCAAGAGGAAACGCCGACAACAGCAAAGGGAGAAAAGGAAUACCGAAUACUACACAGAGACAGAGCCCGCUUAG